GAUAGACAACCACACACUCUCACACUCACACCUAGGGAAGUACCCGGAGAAAAACUCACAGAACAUUUCAAGAACCCAGUCACUAUAAAAUUUCAGCCACCCAGACCCCGCACACAAAAAACCCAAACAAAAAAAAACCCCAAAAAUUAUUUCUGGCCUAAAACGACGUGAUCUCAUCCUAAUCUUCAAGAACUAGAUGCAUGUCACCAUAACUCUCGACAUUUGAUGUUCACCUGAGAAAACGCGCAAGAGGGAGCUCUUUAUCAACUUUUGACUGACGGGACCGUGUGCAGGAAUACUGGGAGAGAUAAACCCUGCGUGGAUUGCGGUGUUGUGCUCCCUCUCAGCUGCAUGCUGGGUCAUCGAACCAUCGACGCUGGUUCAUAGGAACGCGCCGCCAUACACCGGCCAUGGCGCGGCUGUCGGACUUUAUACAUAUCAUUCUUAGCAUUAUUAUCUUCAGCGGCGUUGUGGGAGAGUAUGCAAACGUGGGAGGCUCCGUAAAGAUAACGGCACACGAGACCUGUCGCGCGGGUGAGAUUUUAAGCCUGAACCGUUUGUCUAAGACAGAUGCCCGUUCACACGAUCAGACCGUCGCAAGACUCAUUAAAGACGCUUGGCAGGCAGAUGAAGUUUACGCAGGGAGGAUCGUUCACAAUUCAACGUCGUCUGUCAUCUUAAACGAUGUCAAUUACAACGACGGUGGACAUUAUGUGUUCACUUGCGGCGAGCGUGAUGUUUCCCAUCCGUUCCACCUUGAAGUUGUGGUGCCCUUUGACAGAACUGUAACCGAGGGCGCAGCGUCCACGCUUCCGUGCCAUGCUUCCACUGUGGGCGAAUCCGUGAAGCGUGUUAGGUGGGAGAAGCACGGAGACCUUGUGCUCGAGCAGGAUCUCUCCUCCCGGGAGGUCAGAUACGGGACGGGAUUUGAGGGAAAGGCAUCAGUCUCACCGGACUGGCACUCGAGGGGGGAUUUGUCGCUGACUUUGAAGGGGGUCUACCCGGCGGAUGAGGGUGAUUAUGUCUGCUACAGCGAACAUGAAGACGGGAAAAGAAGAACGAGGGGAGACCCAGCUACUGUGAGGCUGAGAAUCAACAGAAGCGACAUGAGUCACAUGACCUGCUCACCGACUCCGUGUGAAGCCACGGAGGACAAGCCAUCAGCUGGACACAGCGUCUGUUCCGUCGCCAUUGUGCUGCUUGUGCUCGCGCUUGCCGGAAACAUCGGGUUUAUUUUGUGGCUGAAAGGCUGCAGACGCCGAGGCCAAGGCCCUCCGAGGAGCCCGGCUGCUCGUCAGGUUAAUGGGAGCGCUACGGGGCAUUAACUUCAAUUGGCUUUAAAUUAUAUAAGUUCAAUUAAAUUAACACGAACUAUCUGUUAUUAUAUGGGAACAGUCUCUCCCCUUCAUACCAAAGCCAGUGAGAAGUAAAAAAAAAAAACUAAACCAAAAAAAACCCCAAAACAUUAGAAAAACAAAUGUAGCGUUCAUAAACAGAAAACUUGUGAUUUUAAUAUUAAAAGAAUAUUAUACUGUAUGCAAAUUAUUAAACUAAAGCUGAAUUAUUAUCUUAAAAAUUAGGCCAAAUAAAACAAAAGACAUCAGUUAAAAAUCUCACUGGAAUAACUCCUGAAGAACACAUUUUUACAGGCCUACAUUUUGAUUAACACAAUUUUUUAGGUCGUUUUAUGAGAAACACAAGACUAUGGGGAAAGAGGGAGUAAAUAUUAAUUGUGUCUGAAUAUUUUUGUUAAUAUUACUUUUCCUACAGUGCACAUUGGGAAAGCAUAUUUAACAAACCUCAUGAGAUCUGGUGAAAUGCUGUUAAGUUAACAGCAUUUCAGUGAGGUUAACAGUGUUAACUGUUUUAACAGUGUUAACCUCACUGAUAUUCUGUAUUCAUAUUGCAUAAUUAAUCUUACCAGUUUCCCUAAUGGUCAAUUGUUACCUCACUCUUCUGUGCUUCUUCUUCUUAUGUUACUAUUAUAUAUAUAUAUAUAAUAACAAUACUAUUAUUGUUAUUAUUAUUAUUAUUAAGUACUACUGGUUGUACUAUACCACUUAAUCUGGAAAAUACAGCUUGAUCUUAAUUUUUGGGAAUGUAGAAUCCUCACUAGGAUAUGUUGUCAUAAAGUAGCUUUUCUCGUUCAUUGUUACCCAUGAAACAUGCUAAGUCUUUGACAAUCUCAGGGACAUGAAAGCUCAAGAACAUUUUAACCAUUCCCAAAAAUUAAGAGCAGGAUUUUCUUGAUAUAUAUGUGGCGUUGCACUUUGUAGACGGUGCCUGCCUGCGCGCUGUGCACACAGGGCAAAGUGUCCUUAUCAGAGAUGUAGCAGAUUGUUUACAUUAGGCCACUACGACGAGACAGAGGUGUUUUGUUUGUGAAUUACUGAUUCCAAUCCUUCAAUCUGUUUCGAAUUGUACCUUAGUAUUAUCUUGUUAUAUUUCUGUUUAAACAAUGAAGUGCAAUCACUAAUAAAAACAAACGCUAUUGAAACCACAAUGAAUUCGUGAUUUGAAAAGCAGUUUAUUUGUCUUGGCUCGAAACAUGAAAUGUUUUUUUUCCUCAUCGUUUCACCCUCAGCUGUUGGUCUUUGUUGAAAAUUAUUUAGGCCUCGAACUUCUGAAAUCCACUGGGUUUACUUAAUGCAAAUGCAGGGGAUGUCCGCCUAAAAACAACGCAGACAGCAGCGAAAACGGGUCUCUUAACGGAAGUGAACACCACAGCACUUUCAUAUGCUGCCACAAAAGCAAAGCUAAUCAGGGCGUAAAUUCCGUUGCUUCCUUGACAAGUUGUUUUGUGGACUAUACUUAGCGGCAGGUUACUCUGAGUCUGCUAUAAGCUCUUAUAUACCCCAUCGUGUAAAGUAACAUCUGAGCAUCUUAAUGUUACAGCUGGCCGGAGGUGACUAUUUAGUGAUUCAUUUGUAAUUUGCAGACGUAUUCUCCGGACUCUGACGGAUAA